AUGCCUCAGAAAAUCACAGUUGCCGUGGCACAGGCCCGUACGCUUUCUACACUUGAAGCGACUCUCGGAGCUCUGAAGCAGAUCACCCAGCAUGCAGCUUCAAAGGGUGUCCAUCUUCUGCUCUUCCCAGAAGCCUACUUAGGAGGGUAUCCCCGCACCUGUGAUUUUGGAACAGCCGUUGGAGCUCGUGCCCCCUACGGUCGGGAUCAAUUCCUGGAGUACUUCCGCGCAGCUGUCGACCUGGGCGAUACACCUGCUGGGGCGGGUGACGAUUGGGUGGAGCGUAAGCUUCCCAAUGCGAAGGGUCGGGACCAUCGUGGCGAUGGCACAAGAGAAUUUCUUGAGCAGGUAUCCCGAGAGACAGGCGUCUUCAUCGCAACCGGAUUGAUUGAGAAGGCUGGGGGUAGUUUGUACUGUUCCGCUCUCUAUGUCGAUCCUGUGCGGGGAACUUUGGGGAAGAGACGGAAGGUGAUGCCGACUGGCUCGGAGCGUCUGGUUUGGGCUCAGGGAUCUCCGUCCACCUUGAAGGCUAUCACCACUGAGCUCAAUGGAGUCAAGCUCACCAUCGCAGCCGCUAUUUGCUGGGAAAGUUUCAUGCCCUUGCUUCGACAGAGUCUCUAUUCACAGAAUGUGAACAUCUAUCUCGCUCCAACUGCUGAUAGUCGUGAUACCUGGCUACCUCUUAUGCGCACCGUUGGUGGCGAAGGUCGUACCUUCGUGCUCUCAUGCAACCAAUGCGUACGAUACAACGAACUGCCUUCAUGGAUCACCGAGCAGGGCAAACCAACAAAUGAAGCCGCCGACCGAUACAUCUCACGCGGCGGGUCCUGCAUCGUGGGUCCUCUUGGUGAAGUUGUCGCCGAACCAAUCUGGGAAGUUAGCACCGAUGAUGCAGCGGAUGGAUCCAGCAUUGACAGCGGACUCGUGAUUUCCGAGAUUGACUUGGAGGACUGUGAGCGUGGCCGCCUGGAUAUGGAUGUUGCGGGCAGCUACUCCAGGAAUGACGCAUUCCAGCUGACCGUUGAUGGACUGGACCUGAACCCUCCUCCGUUUUAA